CCCAAUCAAGUAAUAUUCUCUACAUAUACCGGAAAUGUGACCAUGGAAAAUUUCUGUUCAUCUCGAGAUUCCGAUCUGUUGGUGGCGAGAGAGCAGUUCCGAGGCUGAGGUCGAGGUUGGAUCUCAAUUCACUGCCCUGAAAUAGGAAACCAAUGGGACUUCUCAGCAUUAUUCGAAAGAUGAAGCGAAAUGAAAAGAAAAUGCGGAUCCUUAUGGUGGGUCUUGACAACUCUGGUAAGACAACAAUAGUUUUAAAAAUAAAUGGGGAAGACACGAGUGUCAUCAGUCCAACUCUUGGCUUCAACAUCAAAACCAUCGCGUAUGAGAAGUAUAUGCUCUAUAUAUGGGAUGUCGGGGGGCAGAAAACAAUACGAUCUUAUUGGAGAAACUACUUUGAGCAAACCGAUGGCUUGGUGUGGGUUGUGGAUAGUUCUGAUUUGAGAAGGCUAGAUGACUGCAGAUACGAGCUACAUAAUCUUCUGAAGGAGGAGAGGCUAUCAAGAGCAUCAUUAUUGAUUUUUGCAAAUAAGCAGGACAUACAAGGCGCGCUUUCUCCAGAUGAAAUUGCCAAUGUAAGGAUGCUCCUUAUUAUACCUUAAAACUGUGUUGAAGGUACAUUUAAGUGAACUUCUUACACUGGGAACUAGUAAGGAUAAGCACAAGCUGUUGUACUCAUUCUGUAGCCAAGUAUGUUUGCAUUGGUAAAUAUGAUUUGUAUACGGUUGGAAAUCUGAAGAUCCAAAUAUGAAAAUCAAAAGCAAAGCUAUAUUCUAGUGGUGGUUGAGAAAGAAAGUAUUGUCAAAUUACUCGGGUUUUUUUGCUUGUGUAUGGCCAAUUAUUCACAGAGGGAAAACAAUUUCUUUUUUCUGA